AAAAGGAGUCGAGGGCUUCCCUCUUUCCAUUCGCCCGAACUCGAAAAGAGGAGAAGCGUCGCCGGAGCCGAAGCUCGCCGGCGAGAACUCAAGGGAAGUCUCGUCGCUCCUGCUCGCCGGCUCUUCAGCACGCACACCCUUUCCGGCGCAAGGAUGACCGAAGAAGAAGGAGAAGAAGGGCAGCAGCAGCAGCAUCGACUGACCCCGCCCGACGAACCUGCGGAGGCCGCUCAGCAGGACUACUCGUGGCCCUCGAUUCGGUUCGACGUCCCUCCUCAGAGAACCUACCAUUUCCACAAGCAGUUCGCAACUGACCAGAAGCCGAACAACUUUCUUAAGGGCGCCAAAUGGUCGCCUGAUGGGACUUGCCUUCUCAGUAGUUCGGAGGACAAUACCCUUCGUGUGUUCGCCUUACCAGAGUACGGGGGCGAGGACAGCGCGAAUGCGAGCUCGUCAAAUCUUGAUGAAGAUUCCUUUGCAGCGAAUCUUGUUGUGACGGAAGGGGAAUCGGUUUAUGAUUUCUGUUGGUACCCUUACAUGUCUGCUACAGACCCAGUAAGCUGUGUAUUCGCAUCAACGACUCGUGAUCAUCCAAUUCAUGUCUGGGAUGCUACUACUGGACAGCUACGUUGCACUUACAGGGCUUAUGAUGGUGUGGAUGAAAUUACAGCGGCAUUUUCGAUUGCAUUCAAUCCUGCAGGGAACAAGAUCUUUGCUGGAUAUAACAAAUCCAUAAGAGUGUUUGACGUACAUCGCCCUGGUAGAGAUUUUGAGAGCCACUCAACGCUUCAAGGAAAUAAAGAAGGUCAAACAGGUAUUAUCUCUGCCAUUGCUUUCUCUCCAACCCAUACUGGAAUGCUGGCAACUGGUUCCUACAGCCAGACUACUGCAAUCUACAGAGAAGAUAACAUGGAACUCUUGUACAUCUUACAUGGUCAACAAGGUGGGGUUACCCAUGUGUUAUUUUCAAAAGAUGGAAACUACUUGUAUACUGGAGGACGAAAGGACCCUUUUAUUAUGUGCUGGGAUGUUCGCAAGGCUGUUGAUGUUGUCUACAAGUUGUAUCGAUCAUCUGAAGAUACCAACCAGCGGAUAUACUUUGAUGUUGACCCUCUAGGGCGACAUCUUGGUACAGGUGGUCAGGAUGGUCUCGUUCAUAUAUAUGAUCUCCAAACUGGGCAGUGGACUUCAGGCUUUCAGGCUGCAUCAGAUACAGUAAAUGGUUUCUCUUUCCACCCAUUUCUGCCAAUGGCCGCUUCUUCUUCAGGGCACCGAAGAUUUGAAGUUCCUGAGGACGAUGAUGCAGAAUUUCAUUUAAGGGGUGAUGAGAAUUGUGUCUCCAUCUGGGGCUUUGCUUACGAUUCUGCAACUAACGGCAUCGAUGGUGGAGAUGGCAGUGCUGGUCUUGAUGGCACAUCACAUGAAGAACAGCAGCAGAAUCCUGAGUGAUUUUUUCUGAAUGUGUCUAUUCAUAUCGUGGCUGUUACUGAUCAAAGCACGUUGAAUGAUUGAUGGCGAGGCAAAUCCGUUAAUCUGCACUGAUCUAGCAUUGUCGAUCUCACGCCUUUCCUGACCAGUUCUUGUGAUUGGCACUUGGCUUUGGGCAGAUGCACGGACUAGAGUUUGAGUU